CAUUAGUGGGGUCAUGACCUGGCAGAGCACGUCCAGUCCUUCCAGUCUCCACCGUCUGGGUGUGCACGCAUGGGCCAUAACCAUAUCCGUGGUCAGUACGACGAGGGUCGUCGUGUCGUUUACGGUUUCGGAUAAUGGACAAGGCGGCCCAGGGUGGUAGAGGAAUACGAUGCCUGAACCCAUCAUCAACCAUGACCCUUUCACGAUCCACGGUCCAUGGGGCCAUGAUGAUGGUCUGCCCGCGGCUUAGGUCGAGAAUGGCUGGCGGAAUGAGUCGCAACUGGAUCGGAUUUGUUGUUUUUGCAUGCAUCAUCUUCAUGACACAGUACGGUCCUCAGCAGAGAGACGGCUUUCCGAUGUCCGAUUGCUACUGUUGCCGCGCCUCUUACCCGCAUCAUCCACAUCGGCGAGGUGAAGAAAGCGAACCUUGGAAGAGCGAUCGCGGCUGCAUGCUCUAUAGGCGGUUUCCCAGAGCAGCCAAUUAGGUAUCCCUCCCGACUUCCUUGCAGAGCGAUACAUAUCUUGCUUAUCUAGGGAGAGGUGAAGGACUCAAAACUGCUGCUGCUCUUGGCUUCUUGUUGCCUUGUGAACAGUCCGGUAACGGCCUGCCUGC